AUGAGAACUUUUCCUUUCAAAUCGAGUACAAACACUGCGGAAGCCAUCUUUUUUGGUCGAAUAAUUCUAAAGGCUGGUAUAUUAGGUGCAACUGGUACAGUCGGGCAAAGGUUUAUUUCUUUACUUUCUCAACACCCUUACUUUACUAUUCAAGUUAUUGGCGCUUCUUCACGUUCAGCUGGUAAAAAGUAUUCUGAAGCUACAAGAUGGAAAAUGACUACCCCUAUACCUGACGAAGUAAAAGAUAUGAUAGUUCAAGAAUGUAAAGAUGAAUUUUUUAAAGAAUGCGAUGUGAUAUUUUCAGGAUUAGAUGCAGAUGUCGCUGGCUAUAUUGAAUCGGCUUUCCUUAAAGCUGAUUUGGCAGUAUUCUCUAAUGCUAAAAAUCAUCGUCGUGAUCACACAGUACCACUUGUCGUACCUACUGUAAAUCCUUCACAUUUAGAUUUAAUUCCAUAUCAAAGAUCUUUACAUUCUCUCCAUAAAGGUUUCAUCGUCACAAAUUCGAAUUGUUCUACCACAGGUCUCGUGGUUGCUUUGAAACCCCUCCAAGAUGCAUUUGGACCUUUUGAAUCUAUUAUCGUUCAAACAAUGCAAGCUAUUUCUGGGGCAGGUUAUCCUGGUGUGGCAUCAUUAGAUAUUCAUGAUAAUGUUAUUCCAUUUAUUAAUGGUGAAGAAGAGAAAAUGGAAUAUGAAACCCUUAAAAUUUUAGGUGACAUUAAUGAGACAGCUACUGGAUUUAAUAAUAUUUCCUUUACCAAAAUUUCCGCAACUUGUAAUCGUGUACCAGUGGUUGAUGGACAUACUGAAUGUGUCUCAAUUAAAUUUAAAAAACAACCAUCACCAUCCAUAGAACAAAUUAUUAAUACAUUAGAUUCUUAUGUAUCUGAAUCACAAAAACUUGGUUGUUAUUCCUCUCCAAAAAAAGCCAUAAUUUUUAAUAUGGAUCAAGAUAGACCACAACCAAGAUUAGAUAGAGAUAAUGGAAAUGGUUAUAGUGUCACUAUUGGUAGGGUUAGAAAAUGCAAUGUAUUAGAUAUUAAAUUUACUCUCUUGGUGCAUAAUACAAUUUUGGGAGCAGCAGGAAGUGGAAUACUGAACGCUGAAAUAGCAUAUGCAAAGGGAUUAAUAAAAGUUAAAACUUAA